AACCAUUUUGCCCCCAAUUUUCAAGUAUAAAAAGCUUUGCAAAUGUUCUUUUAAGAUAAGGUGCCAUCAACACUCACACACAUAAUGGCCAUGGGAAGCACAAAUUUGGAAUCCAAUAAGUUAGAAUUGUAUGAAUUUGGCCCUUUUGAAGAAGAGGAGGGUUUCCAAAUUGGGUUUUUGAUAGGCCAAAAAUUCUCCAAAUUAAUACAAAACAGGUUAUCUACUGACCUUAUUCUUCAAAAUCAAUUACUCCCUUUUGCUCAACUCCCAAAUUCCCACACACUUAUACAUACUUUAUCUCAAACAAACAAGAACAAGUUCCCAAAUUAUUGGAAUGAACUCAAAGGAAUUGCUCAAGGAAGUGGUGUCCCCUUUCUCAAUAUUUUAUUAUUGAAUUUUAGGAAAGAAAUAUUGCCUUUCAUUCCAAAGACAGAGGAAUGUCCCAAGGAGGAAGACAUUAAUGAUGACUGUUCUGAUAUUCUUGUUGUUAGUAAUUCCAUGGCUAUGGCAGUUCAUAAUGAGGAUGCAAAUGUUGCUCUUGUCGGACACACUUAUUUGGUUAAGGUGACAUUAUCUAAUGGAACAACAUUCACUGCUUAUACAUAUGCUGGAGAACUUCCAAGUUGUGCAUUUGGAUUUAAUAAUCAUGGAGUGGCUUUUACGUUGAACUCAGUACCGCCAUGUGAAGAAGAGAUAAUAGGUGGUGCAAUUGGAAGAAACUUUGUGUCUAGAGACCUGCUUGAAGCAACUAGCAUUGAGGAUGCUCUGGCUAGGAUUCAUUCAUCAGAAGUUUCAGUAGGGCACAGCUAUAAUUUGAUAGACACAAGGACUCGAAGGAUUUUGAACGUUGAAACUGCAUCGAGAAAUCGAAUUUCAGUUCGUGAAAUCGGAGAAACUCCAUUCUUCCAUGCUAACAUGUAUCUGCAUCUUCAAGUAAAGCAGGCACAAGAUGAGAACUCUUUGAGCAGGCAAACAAGAGCAUCUUCUUUAGCAAAGGAAUCAAAAAAUGAUUUUUUAGCACUUGUUGGUGACAUGAACAAUGAGAAGUAUCCUAUUUACAUGACAGGUCCAUUGUUGUACACACUUUGCACAGCUGUGAUAGAUUUGGAUGAAAAAAUUCUAACAAUUAUAGAAGGGAAUCCAAAGGAAAAACAAGAAUCUUAUGUCUUCUCAUUGUCCUAAAAGAAGGGAAACUUUUACUUGUUCAAAUAACAAUAAGGUGAAGCAGGGUCAGAAAGAACGAGAUCUCCAUUUUGCAAGUUAGUUAUUAUGGGUAGUUUUUACAAAGAAUUGGACUAAUGAUGUAUACAAUAUCGGAGUUACCGAUGUAGAUGCUUCAUUCUGGUUCUCAUUCUUUAGAGACUAGGAGUGUAAUAAUAGCAUAUGUUAGAUAGUUCUAUUUCUCAAUCUUU